UUUGUUACCCAACGCAAAAAAAAAAAAAACUUACCGCAACAGAGUGAGUAAAAUUUAUUUCGUUUAAUCACCUCACUGUUUCUCUUCCUAGCUGAGCUAAUCGUUCGAAGACACUAUCAAAUGUUCCUUACUAGAUUAUCUCAUCGUGUUUGUUAUUUAGCAUCGCCAUUACGAUGUAUAGCAUCUCGAGGUUCUUGUUCUUCAAAAUUAUUCGUUGGAGGGCUUAACUACGACACAAAUGAACCUGUUUUGAAGAAUGAGUUUGAAAAAUACGGUCAAGUUAUAAAUGUGAGAGUAAUAUGCGAUCACGUGAGCGGCAAGUCAAAAGGCUAUGGAUUUGUGCUAUUUGAUUCAGAAGAAGCAGCUGCAAGUGCCUUAGCUUCCAUGAACAAUCAGUUACUCGAAGGCAGACAGAUUAGAGUUGAAUAUGCUCGUCCUAAAGGAGGUUUAUAUCAGAAUCAGAAUUAAUUCUAGAUUUCUCAACGCAACUGAAACUUUAGAUAUGCUGGUGAAGCACCACCAUAACUCAGGGAAACUGCAUUAACUCUUUCCAUUUGUAACAGUGUAGAACUCAAUAAUCUUUUUGGUGAAGAGUCUUAAGUCGUCUAUGUAACGACUGUGUGUGUCCUCUUCUAAGAUUUGUUACUGUCCUCAUAUUCGUUGUUGGUGCUUGUUCUUCUUCCUUCUCAGCUUCUACAAAUCUAAAUCAACCAUUAACAACCUGAAAACAGACAAAUGUGAAGCUCCGACCAUUUUUGAAGUGUAUGCACCAAUCUUGGUUAUACUCUUAAUACAUAUUAUACAACGAAGUUUAACAUACUACACCAAUCUUGG